AUGUAUCCUGCCUUCACUGCUCUCACUCUUGGCAUCAUCGGCCUUGCUGCCUUUGGCUCCCCUGUCAGCAGCAGAGGGGCGCGCAGCACAGCUGCUAAAAGCAGCGGGGCGAGUCCUGCUAGCAGUGAUAGGAAGGAGAUGGAGGAGGAGGGGCAGGGAGGGAAUGAGGAGAGGCGGGCAGAGGAGGAGGGGAGGAGUGUGAGGGAGGUGUAUGGAGGGGGAGAGGAGGAGGGGAGGAGUGUGAGGGAGGUAUAUGAGGCGCUUGCGAUGCGGCCCACCCAGGAGAGCAAAUCGCUGCAGCAAGCAAGCAGUGAUGCGUGCUUCAGUAGGCUGCAGCGCUCUCUGUUUCUCACUCUUGCAUCCCUCUCUUCCCCCCCCCCCGGCCGCCCACGUGCCGCCGAGCUAGUCCUCCAUGAUUUGCGAUGGCUGCCCACCCAGGAGAACAGAGCCCUGCAGCAAGCAGCGGAGAAAGUGACGCGGCUGUCUCUAGACCUGAUUGCAAGGCGCAGACAGGAACAAGCGGUGAGGGUUGGGGUUGGGUUGUUUGACAAGGGGAGAGGGAGGAGGAAGAGCAGGAGAGGAGAGAGGGUCACAGCAAACAGCAGCGGAGGAAGUGACGCGGCGGUCUCUAGACCUGAUUGCGAGGCGGAGACAGGAGCAAGCGGUGGGAGCUUGGUUGUCCCCCAUUCUCCCCUUCAACUUUUUCCCAUUCCCCCAUUCCCCUCUUUCCCCCUUCCCCUCUUCCCCCCUUCCCCUCUUCCCCCCUUCUCCCCGCACCCCUUCCCCUCUUCCCCCCAUCCCCUAUUCUUCCCUUCUCCGCCCCUUCCCCUCUUACUCCCUUCUUCCCACACCCCUUCCCCCAUUCCCCCCAUCCCCUCUUCUUCCCUUCUCCGCCCCUUCCCCUCUUCCCCCUUCUCCCCGCACCCCUUCUCCCAUUCCCCCCAGGGCGACUCAAGGAAGGAUCUUCUGGCAGUGAUGCUGGCAGCGAGGGAUGACGUCAGCAACGAGCAGAUGACCGACCAGCAGCUGGUGGACGAAUGCGUCACCUUCCUAUUGGCCGGUACAGUGCGGUGUUGUGCAGUGCAAUGCGGUGCUGGGCGGUGCUAUGAGGUGCUGUGUGGCGCUGGGGGGUGGGUGGGUGCUGCUGUGCGGCCACGAGACGACAGCCAAGCUGCUCACAUGGGCUGUGUACCUGCUAGCCCGCUACCCCGAUUGGCAGAGGCUAGUGAGGGAGGAGGGUGUGACAUGUUCCAUCCAUUCCCCACCCAUCCCACUAUUUCAGGCCACGAGACGACAGCGAAACUACUCACCUGGGCUGUGUACCUGCUGGCCCGCUACCCCGAUUGGCAGAAGCGAGCAAGUGGGGCAGGUGAGCGAGAUGCACAUGGUGCUACUGGAAGACUCAGCAAGGGGAAGGGGGGCGGAAGGAAGGUGACGUGGGAGCAAGUGGGGCAGCUGAGCGAGAUGCACAUGCACGUCUCGCUGGGCCCCUACUGGCUCCCAGCAGGCACGCGCAUCACUAUGGCCAUCGGCAUGGCGCAGAGCGACCCGCGCUUCUGGGGGGAGGACGCUCUAGAGUUCAACCCAGCACGCUUCAAAGGUGAGAUUCAACCGAUCAAACCUCAGCGGUGGGCCGGGGAGGAAGCUCAGCGGCUCAUUCGGGUGGGAUUCAGAGAUGGGCAGGACAGCCAUACCAUGGCUCAGAGGUACCCUCGCUUCUGCGGGGAGGACGCGUUCGGGUACCCUACUGCCCUCCCUCUCCAUCUGCCCCCAAAGAUGGGAUACAAGGAGCAUGCCCACAGUGUGCUCCCUGAGAAACAAUUUCUCACCCUAUAA